AUGGCGCGGGCGCUGGCCGGGGCCCUGGCGCUGGGGCUGUGGGGCUGGACGCUGGCGCCCGCAGGGGCCGUGGACGCCCUGGGCCCGCACCAGGCCGUCCGCCUGGCCGAGCUGCUGACCCCGGAGGAGUGUGGCCAUUUCCAGUCGCUGCUGAACUCGCCGGACCCGGACGUGGAGGCCGAGCUGGCCCGGCUUUCCGAGGACCGCCUGGCCCGCGCCCCGACGCCGGAGCCCGGGUCGCGCUCGCGGGGACGCGUGUCCGCGCGGCCCGGGCGGCGGGGGCGGCGGGCGGCGGCCACCGAGGCGGCGGGCGGGUGCCGGGAGGCGCUGGCCGUCUGGCUGGCGGCCGCCGCCCCGUCGCUGCCGUGGGACCGCGUGGCCCGCGCCCUGCGGCGCAGCGGCCGCCCCGACGUGGCCCGAGAGCUGGGCAAGAGCCUCCACCAGCAGGCGACGCUGCAGCUGCGCCUGGACGGGCGGCACUUCCUGCCCGGCCCCGCCGCCCGCGCCGCGCCCCCGGCCCCCCGGGCCCGCCGCGCCCGCGCCCCGGAGCCGCGCUGGGACGCGCUGGAGCUGAUCGUGGAGCGGCGGCCGCAGGCGCCCUACGCGCGCAGCCCCGCGGGCUGGCUCCGGCCGCUGGCGCUCGGGCUCCUGGCCGGCUUCGCGGGCGCGCUGGGCUCCGGGGCGCUGCUCCUCCUGCUCGCGCUCUGGGCGACCCGCGGCCCCGGCCUGGACGCCGCCGCCCUGCCCGGGGCUCGGGGGCCGCGCGCCGCCCCGCGCCCCUCCCGGGAGCGCAGUUCCGCGAGUCAGCGGGGCUCGGGAGGAGACGCCCCGCGGCCCGCGCGCUGGCACUGCACCGCCUAA